AUGUAGGUGUACUUCUCUGAGGCGUCAGUGGUUGGAGCCUUUGCUCCUCUACACACACACACGUUGUCAGUUGUGGAGUCAGACUGAACAGACAGCAUCGAUGAAUUCAUCGUUCUUUCUUCAGCAGACAGACACUUGAAGCGCUGAAAGAGUUUCUGAAGAAUAUCGACCAUUUCUGACGGACUUUAGAAGCUCGUGAAUGAAGAUGUUGAGCUGGACUGAACUGAAGAUCAGAACUCAAUAAGGAUCUUCACUCACCAUCACAGACCGAGGUAAAACAGUGCAGAUGAUCAGUUCAAGACGACAGGUUGUGACUCUUUGAUCCGUACAACAAAUCCAUAAACAGACAGACAGACAGAUAGAGCCCGGCCAUCAGUGUGGACUAACUGUGGACAGAGCUGUGUGUGUGUGUGUUUCCGAGGCGGGCGACACACGCGCGGGCGGCUUGAGUCUCAGGGAUGGAGCUACAGGUUUGGACGGGAACGCGGUGGACGCGACUGCUGGUUCUGUUGGGUCUGAUGACGCUGCACUCGUCCGCUCAGGCUAAUGUGUUGGACACCAUGUUACUGACGAAUUCUGGAAAGGCGACGGUGGGCGGCACUAAAGACAGCAGCAGAAGCACAGCAGCUGUGAUUCCAGAGAGAAUGUUAUUAUGUCACUGUUACCAUCACUGUCCUGAAGACGCUACAAACAACACCUGCAGGACUGAUGGUUAUUGCUUCACUAUGGUGGAAGAGGAAGACGGCGGCGCUCCAGUGCUCACAUCUGGAUGUUUGGGUCUGAUGGGCUCCGAGUUUCAGUGCAGGGACACAGGGAACGCUCGUCUGAGGAGGAUGUUGGAAUGUUGUACGGAUCAGGAUUACUGUAACCGUGACCUUCACCCGACCCUGCCGCCUCUCAAGAGACCUGAUCUGAACAGCAGUAUUCAUCACAUUGUGCUCUUCAUCUCUGUGACUGUCUGCAGUGUCGUUCUGGCCUUCAUCAUCAUUUUCCGCUAUUACAGAUACAAGCGUCAGGAGAGUCGAGCGAGGUACAGUAUCGGUCUGGAACAGGACGAGACGUUCAUCCCCGCUGGAGAAUCUCUGAAGGAUCUGAUUGAACAGUCUCAGAGUUCAGGCAGUGGAUCAGGACUCCCUCUGCUGGUGCAGCGAACGAUUGCAAAACAGAUCCAGAUGGUGAAGCAGAUCGGUAAGGGCCGUUACGGCGAGGUGUGGAUGGGUCGCUGGCGUGGCGAGCGCGUCGCUGUGAAGGUUUUCUUCACCACUGAAGAAGCCAGCUGGUUCAGAGAGACGGAGAUCUAUCAGACUGUCCUGAUGAGACACGAGAACAUUCUGGGUUUCAUCGCUGCUGAUAUUAAAGGCACAGGCUCGUGGACGCAGCUGUAUCUGAUCACGGACUAUCAUGAGAGCGGAUCACUGUAUGACUACCUCAAAUCCACCACGCUGGACACGAAAUCUCUGCUGCGGCUUGCGUUCUCCACCGUGUCCGGUCUGUGUCACCUGCACACGGAGAUCUGCGGCACGCAGGGAAAACCGGCCAUCGCUCACCGAGACCUGAAGAGUAAAAAUAUACUGGUGAAGAAGAACGGCACCUGCUGCAUCGCUGACCUCGGACUCGCUGUCAAACUCAUCAGUGACACUAAUGAAGUGGACAUCCCGCCCAACACACGCGUCGGCACAAAACGCUACAUGCCUCCUGAAGUUCUGGACGAGAGUUUGAACCGCAGUCACUUCCAGUCGUACAUCAUGGCUGACAUGUACAGCUUCGGUCUCAUCCUGUGGGAGAUGGCGAGGAGAUGUGUGUCCUGCGGUAUCGUGGAGGAAUAUCAGCUGCCGUAUCAUGAUCUGGUGCCCACAGACCCGUCGUAUGAAGACAUGAGAGAGGUGGUGUGUAUCAAGAGACACAGACCCUCGUUCGCGAACCGCUGGAGCAGCGAUGAGUGUCUCAGGCUGAUGGGUAAACUGAUGACUGAAUGUUGGGCGCACAAUCCCACGUCUCGUCUGACUGCCCUGCGUGUGAAGAAAACACUCACUAAGAUGUCCGAGUCUCAGGACAUUAAACUGUGAUGGACAGCUGUGACACUGAAGCAGCUUUAUAAUGCUUUCUGUGAAAGCUCAAACCGGCCGGAUGCGGGACAGACGCCUUCAGAUAAACGCUGUGAUCUGACUGGCCAUCGCUCAUUUAAUAACGUACCGACACGUUUAUGGGCCACACUAUACAAAAACUUCAAAAGCAUCAUGAAGUCAUUUCUGGCUAUUUUAACCCAAACUUCAUUUACUAACAGUGUUUUUUGUCAUACAGUGUUACUCUUCAUGCUAUAUGAUGGAGAACUUUGAGUCCGUCCUUGUAAAAUAUGAAUGUACAUAUUGAAUGUUGUCAAGGAAAAAAAACAAACAUUUUCUGUUACAAUUGUACAUGAUGUCGUGCCAGUCGUUGUGCCUUAUUUAACGUACAAGUUUAAUAGUUCUAUAUAAAUGGAGUGAACAUGUAUGUUUAACAUUCCCCUUCAAUAAAGUGGAUUAAAUACGGCAUUUCUUCAUUUUCAGUAA